AUGGCCGCCUCGCCCGGCACCGCUUCCAUCGAGGAUCUCACCGAAGACCUCGAGCUUCACAAAGCCCUUCUGCAAAGCCUUUUAGAGACCCGCCCCGGCGCCACCGAAGAUGCAAUGGACCUCCAGACAACUAUUAAACAGCUCCAGCGCCAGCUGGCCCAACGUCGCGGCCUUCCCCCACCAUUAUCUCCUCGUCCUGAGACUACUUCACGUCCUCCUCCCCAGCUCGACGGUCCCAAUACCCAAGAGACUACAUCGCUCGUGGACGAUUUUGCAUCCGAUCACCCAUCUCUCAAUCGGCCCACCCUCGCCUACCGAGAGUCGCCGCUUUCCACGCCUCGACGAGAACGCCCGAGUACCCCUGGCAGUUCCUUAAACACGCCACCUUUGUCGAACCAAAUGGCUAUUCGCGCUGACUCCCCCGUCGGCUCUGACCCUAUUGAUCCUGUCGAUGAAGACGGUGAUGACGCACAGCUCCGCAGGCUUCUUGGUCUAGAUGACGCAUUUACAGAGGGACAGUACGAGGCAGAAAAAUGGCUGGAAGAGCGUCUGGAGCAGGAACGACGGGACGAAGAGUUUGCAAGGCGCCUUCAAUCACAGUGGGAGGACCCCUUGUCCGGUCUGUCAAACGGAUCUUCGCCAGCCCCUGCUCGCCCCAACUGGUCAACAAAUCCAGUGAAUGCUGGCAUGGGCUAUCCGUAUGAACCCCAAGGCCGCCCGCCUCCUUAUGGUUCUUAUGUCCCUUCAGCUACUGGUUCCAAUAUGGGCCCCCUGCCGUUCCACCACCAGCAACACUCCCAUACAGCCACCCCAUUCUACCCCGACAGCAUAACCCUGAUGCCACGAACACCGACACGCAAUAAUCCUGACGUGAUCAUGAGCGACAGCAGUGACAGUGACGUUGCUGAGGUGUCCCCUGAAGACUUUCAUCGACGUCAGCAUUAUGCCCUUCCUCAUGCUACCCAGUGGCCCUCUAGUAAAAUCCCGCCUCCUGUUCCUCCGAGUUACCAAGCAACCAGAGAGAUCAUGAACAAUGUUCUCCACAACACGGUCGAUCAAGCGAGGCGUAUGGGCCUUCCCUUUUUCAACAGUCCUUUAUUCGCAAACACUGGUGAUGCCGAUGGCACUGAUUCCAGACAAGCUCAACUUGAACUGAAAGAGAUGCUGGAAAAUCUACGACCAGAUUCCGAACUGUCAAAGGACAAGUGGGAAGGAACUCCAGAAGCCUUACAGUUCCCUCUUCUCGACCAUCAAAAGCUUGGACUGGCGUGGAUGAAAUCCAUGGAAGAAGGCACCAACAAGGGUGGAAUCCUCGCUGAUGACAUGGGUCUGGGCAAAACCAUGCAAGCCAUCGCUCUCAUGGUGACGCGGCCACCUCCCGACUCGACUAGAAAGACAACAUUGAUUAUCGCGCCCGUCGCCUUGAUGCAGCAGUGGAGUCGCGAAAUUGACCGAAUGCUUCGACCCGAAUCCAAACUAAAGACGUAUAUUUUGCAUGGAGACAAACGCAGGACCACCUUCGACAGACUGCGGACAUACGAUGUGGUGCUAACGACGUUCGGCACUCUUGCGUCUGAACUCAAGCGGAAAGAUGAAUGGGAAAACAGGCGGCGAUUUGCUGGGCAGAAUAGUGCCAAUAUCAUCGCAGAAGCUUCAUCGUUGCCCCUUCUCGGUCCAGAGAGCACCUGGUACCGCGUUAUCAUCGACGAAGCCCAGUGCAUAAAGAACCGCACCACGAAAGGAGCUCUUGCCUGUUGUUCACUCAAUUCUACCUAUCGAUGGUGUAUGAGUGGUACUCCGAUGAUGAAUAACGUGGGCGAGCUGCAUUCGCUACUCAAGUUCUUGCGAAUUCGCCCAUACAAUAGCCUGGAACUGUUCUCAAGGGAUUUCACGAAACCUCUGAAAUCAACAAAUCCCACUGCACAAAAGAAAGCUCUUCAACAGCUGCAGGUUGUCCUAAAAGCGGUACUUUUGCGCCGAACGAAAUACUCCAAGAUAGACGGCAAGCCUAUUCUCAGUCUCCCUCCUCGCGUCAGCGAAAAGGUCCACGCUAUUUUUAGCAACGAUGAGGAGGAGCUCUAUAGGGGACUGGAAACGAAAACACAGAUCCAAUUCAAUAGGUAUCUAAACAACAAUUCUGUCGGCCGAAACUAUUCAAACAUUCUCGUGUUGCUGCUCCGUCUGCGGCAAGCCUGUUGCCAUCCUCAUUUGAUCAACGAUCUUAGUGUAGACAUUAGUGCCUUCACUGAAAGCGUCGACCUGGUUGAGAAUGCAAAGCAAUUCGGGCCAGACGUUAUCCGCCGGUUGAAAGAAAACGAGCCACUGGAGUGCCCUGUCUGCAUAGAUGCCGUGGAAAAUCCUGUGAUCUUCUAUCCUUGUGGUCAUGCGACUUGUGCCGAAUGCUUUGCUAGGAUCUCCGACCCAGCUCUUGCCAUCCAACAGGGUAAUGAUGGUCAAGUCGAUGCAAAGUGUCCAAAUUGCCGGGCCAAAAUUGACCCAAAGAAAGUGACCGAUAACGUCACGUUCAAGAAGGUCCAUUUUCCGCAGGAAGGAUCAGAAGAUGCAGGCAUUCCAGAAACAACUGGAAACGACGAUGACAAUGAAGAUUCCGACUCGGACUUCGAUUCGGACGAUAGUGAUGACGACGACGACGAUUUGGAAGACUUUAUUGUACCCGAUGAUUACAACGAAUCGGAGCACGGGGGAUCGUCCAAGAAGCGCAGUAAAAAGCGGAAACUGAACAAGAGCAGGAACAAAUCAUCGAAGAAGCCCAAGAAAACCCUGGCUGUUCUCCGGAAGGAGGGGCAGAGGAACAUCGCUGCAAAGCGCAAAUACCUAAAACGGCUGGAAAGGGACUGGCAGCCCAGUGCAAAGAUUGAGAAAGCGCUAGAAAUUCUGGAAAAGACGCGAAGCGCCGGCCAGGGCGAGAAAACCAUCAUAUUCAGCCAGUUCACAUCUCUUUUGGAUCUCUUGGAAGUUCCCAUCCAUCGCAAUGGUUGGAAAUACCGCCGGUACGAUGGCAGCAUGAACCCAGCAGACCGCAACGAAGCCGUGCUGGAUUUCACCGACAACCCAGAGUGCGACAUUAUGUUGGUGUCGUUGAAGGCCGGUAACUCUGGUCUCAACCUCGUGGCCGCUUCCCAAGUCAUAAUUUUCGACCCAUUUUGGAACCCAUACAUUGAAGAACAAGCCAUCGACCGUGCUCACCGUCUGGGCCAGAUGCGUACUGUGCAAAUCCACCGUAUCUUGAUCCAGAACACUGUUGAGGACCGCAUUUUGGAGCUUCAGCAGAAGAAGCGCGAGAUUAUCGAGGGUGCCUUGGACGAGAAUGCAGCCAAACAAAUUUCUCGUCUUGGAAUCACCGAGCUCAAAUUUCUUUUC